CGAGAAAGACACGGUGCAUGGUCAUCCCUCGUCACAAAGUCCAUGCGCUCCCCGUAGCCAUGGCUUCAGUGAAGGUAGCCGUGAGAGUUCGUCCCUUUAACAAAAGGGAACUGGCGAUGAAUGCAAAGAUGAUCGUGCAAAUGGAUGGCAAAAGAACACGGAUAUUCAAUACCAAGACACCGGGUAGCUGCAGAGAAAUCGACAGGGAAAAAUACAAAGACUUCACGUUCGAUUACUCGUACUGGUCCUACGAUACGAACGACGAGAAUUAUGCGUCCCAAGAAGAGGUUUUCUACGAUCUUGGUACGGACGUAAUAGAAAGUGCCUUCGAGGGCUACAAUGCCUGCGUGUUUGCCUACGGCCAGACUGGGUCUGGGAAGACCUUUACUAUGAUGGGCACGCCAGAGGCUCAAGGACUGAUACCGCGGAUUUGUAAGACGCUGUUCGCUAGAAUGGCCGCAGGUAAAGAGAGCGGAGCGUCAUAUAGAACUGAAGUAUCUUUCCUGGAAAUACACAAUGAAAGGGUCAGGGACCUUUUACGACUGGACCAGUCACAGUCUCAUUCUCUUCGAGUACGGGAACAUCCUAAACGAGGGCCUUACGUCCAAGACCUGUCUAGCCACCUCGUGUACGAUUAUUCAGACAUACAGGAAUGUAUGGUGAGAGGAAAUACGCACAGAACUACGGCGAGCACAAACAUGAACGACGUGAGCAGUAGGAGUCAUGCGAUUUUUACGAUCACGUUCGUGCAAGCUGGACUGUCUGAGGGCAACAUGCCGUCGGAGACCGUUUCCAAGGUGCAUCUCGUCGACUUGGCCGGAAGCGAACGUGCAAACGCGACCGGUGCGACAGGCCAACGACUGAAAGAGGGUGCGCACAUAAAUAAGUCAUUGGUGACUUUAGGCUCUGUGAUAUCGGCGCUCGCGGAAGUUAGUUCCACGGGCGAUGCGUCUUCGUCCUCUAAGCGCAACGUCUUUAUACCUUAUCGGGACAGUGUGCUGACGUGGUUGCUAAAGGAUUCGCUUGGUGGUAAUUCUAAGACAAUUAUGAUAGCUGCUAUUAGUCCGGCCGAUUGUAAUUACGGCGAGACUCUGAGUACACUCAGGUACGCUAACCGGGCGAAGAACAUCAUUAACAAACCGACCAUUAACGAAGAUCCGAACGUGAAACUGAUCAGGGAACUCAGGGAAGAAAUACAAAAGUUAAAGUCCCUCAUUGACAAAGAUGUGAGCGUCGAAAGGCCGCCACAGGUAUUGUUAGCGCAGAUUCAUGAGAAACAGGAACAGGAGAAAGUGUUGACGGAAGAAUGGACGGAAAAGUGGCGAGAGACGCAGCAAAUUCUGCAAGAACAGAAAGCGUUAGGCCUUCGUAAGAGUGGUGUCGGUGUGGUUUUGGAUUCCGAGAUGCCACACUUAGUAGGAAUUGACGAUGAUUUGCUUAGCACUGGUGUUACGCUUUAUCAUCUGAAGGAGGGUAAAACAUUAGUUGGAACGGAAGAAGCACCGGCCACCCAGGAUAUUGUGUUAACUGGCGCGGAUGUCGAGCCAGAGCACUGUGUGGUCGAGUUAGAUAGCGGAGUGGCGACCCUUCAUCCCCUUUCUCCCCACUGCUGGAUCAACACUGCUCAAGUAGAUAAGCCGACGCGGUUGUCGCAAGGCUGUAUCAUUCUUCUUGGCCGGAACAAUAUGUUUCGAUAUAACGAUCCGGCUGAAGCUGCGAAACUGAGAAAGGAGGGUGGAACGGGUAACGGUAACUUACAGUCCACGGUCGUCAAUCUUUCAAGACUGUCUCUCUUGAGUUGGAGUGUCUCGGAUUUGCAUGCCUCGUCCUCUAGCGAUAACCUUUUAAAUUCGAGCGAAGAUCUUCGAGCGCUCGAAGAACUCGAACAGCAGAAGGCUGCUCUUAUCAAGGAGAAGGAAGAUUUCAAGAGGGAACAAGAGGAGAGGGAAGAAAGAUGGGCCGCGAGAAGAGAGGCUCUGGAGGGAGCGCAACGCGAGUUGGAGCGCGAAUGGGGUGCCCAGUGGAAAGAGUGGGCGGACGCGAUCGCGGCCCUUGAAUCUAGGCAGCGCGAGUUGCGAACACGACGUCACCUCUUGGAGCAAGAACGACGGGACGAAAUGACGCAAGUAGAAAAUUUAUGUAGGGAAACUGCCUCUCUGCGCACAACAUUGCAGUCCAAGCAUCGUCAGUUUCAAGAGUUCAUGAGCAAUCACGAACGCGCUCAAAGAUUCCAACAAUGGUGGGAGAAGACCGACGAAGGGGCUGGGAGCGACGGCAGCUUGCCAGAAUCUUGGUCGAGCUUGAACGAUGAUAAAUGCGUUAACGCGGUGAGAGAGCUUGUUAAUCAUCAUAAAAAAGAAUUAGCUGCGUUGGAAACCGAGUUACAAAACAAAGUGAAGUCUCUUAACGAGCACCAAAGCAAAGUGGAUAAAAUGGAGGAGGAGUUGAUGGAGAUCGCCAAGAAACAAAAGCAUAUGUUAAAUCUAGAGUUGGAAGGAGAAGGGAACACAGAAAAGAAGAUACUACUGGCUAAACGUAGCCAGGAACAACUGCAGGAGAUCUUGAAAAGGAAACAGAGCCUCUCAUUAAACUUAAAACGCGCGUUACCCGCUUCUCCAGGCGAUGGUUCUUGCGACGAUGUAUUUUCGAAUGGAGAUACUCAGUCAUUCCAGGACGCAUGCAAUAGGAAGCUUCAAAUAGCCUCUGCACUCAGCUUACUGCCACAAAAUUUACCAAGCUCCAUCGAGACCGCAGAUACUUUUCACACAGCCGCAGCAGAUUCACCUGAACCUCGUAUGCUUUUCGAAGACGCGAGAACAAUAGAGUCUACGCCAAACGACGAACGAAGGGAAUCUGAUGAGCGAGAAGAUUCGCCAGACGUUCUUUCUGAACGCGAUAGAGCCAAAUUAUGCGAAGCAAGGAAUCAAAGUUCGUUGAAUUCGAACAGGAUGCCGUCAGUAGAAAUGAUAACUAAAGCGGAGAGAUGUAACGGUAGUGCUAACGGAGAGAAAACGGAAUCUAAGUCCACGACGAAUUCCGUUACUGAGGAGGAGAUCCUCGAGGAUUCGUUGGAAUCGCCGGUGCAACAGAAUCCAGCGAUGAAACGUUUGAACCAAAGAAUCGCUCGUCAACGAAUGAUGGUAAUGCGGUGCUUGGAAUCAAGCACACCAUCCAAAGAAGAUCUGAACAAGCAGAUAGCGGUUUUGCAAGAUCUUCAGAAACAACAGAUCGAAUUAGAAGUAUCGUUGUUGGAGGAUGAAAAAAAGAAUCUCAAACAACAGACCAAGUCACAGUGCGGUGACGAAGAUAGGCUAGCAAACGGUGACAACGAUGUAGAGAUCGUAGGAACAAAUACUUAUGACGUGGAGUCUACAAACAACUCGGCCGCUCUACUGACCGUGACCACAAUGCGAUCUCCAAUUCUCAGGAACAACAGGCCUAAUGCCAAUGACGAGGAACAUCUGUCGGAGUCAGUUGCGCCUCGGGUAUCAUCGGGAAGAGGAUAUUCGACGGUGUACUUAACGAGCCAAAAUCGAGGUGAUCGAUUGAGUAGUCCGUAUUCAUUGACGAUCACACGAUCCUUGCCGUCUUUAAUAGCGAAUGAGGCCGACUAUGACAGCGUGAUUAACAUGAUUGUUAGUAUACCCUCUUACGUGAUACGUGGGGCCGGAACGUCCAGUCACUAUGAAUACGAGGUACGCGUUGUGGCGCAGGACGAUAGCUGGACACUUUUGCGUAGAUACAGAAGAUUUCGAGAGCUGUAUAUUUCUAUGCGACAAAAGUAUGGUAGUAAGGUAUCAGCGAUCCGUUUCCCACCCCGUCAAGUGUUCGCAAGGUACGAAGUCGUUGCACGGCAACGCAGAAAACGAUUAGAGGAAUACCUGCGACGGUUGAUUCAGGUCUGCUCAGAAUUACCGCACUGCGAAUCUCUUUACAAGUACAAGGGCAACUUAAGCAACAUAGAUAAGCAAUCUUUGCUGGAAUUUAGUUCGUUCUUCAGGCGUGGAACGUUUGAAAGCAGUAAAUAUGGGACUAGCUAAGAGACAGGUAUGACGAGAUAACGCACACGCGAUCCCUCCCUUCCCUGAGUGUAGAAGAAUGAACGAGAAAUUCGAGCGGACGUAUGUAGGAGAUUUAUAAGUCGUUACGUAUUUUUUAUAAAGAAUAGAUCGAAGAAAAGCCGGAGCGGGAAAAAUGUCAGCAAAAUGUAGUUAUUACUUAUCAACGUGCUCUGAACCAUAUGCACGCAAUUCAACGAUUAUAUUUACUAAAAUAUGUUUCCAAAAAUUUUUAUGGUUUAUAAGACUGAUCUAUAUCGCGUAUUUAAUGUUAGUUUUGUUCCUAAUGUUAGUAGAAAGAAUGCCGUUAUCGCGAAAUUUAUAUUAGGUCACGCUAAAAUGGUCCAUUGAUUCUAGAAUUAUUUUUCGUUGCAUUUAGCUAUUUCGAAAAACUGCACAUAUCAAGAUUCAACGCUUUUUCAUACUCGAAGAUAAGCUGUAUUGCAUUAGUUGGACGGAUACAGAAUUCAUAUUAGCAGUACAUACAAUUCAAUCUAGAAUAUUGGAAAUAAAACUGUAAUUAUGUUGUAUGUAUUACUUUGUAAAAAAAUUGCAAGAACUUUUAGUGCGACCUGAUAUUUAAAGAGACUUAACAUGGCUCGAAAAUGUCUUCGAUGUUAGAUUUCUGCUGACAAUUGUAUAUCGCAAGCGGUCGAUGAAAUUCUAUUGAACUACUAUUUAAGAAUUGCGAAUAUUUUCCUAACGCAUUUCUCCCGUUAGAAUUUUACGAUUUUCCAAGUGUACCUUUCUCGCUUCUAGAUUCUCGAAGGAAUUGUUGAUUUAAUCUCGCUAGUGAGUACGUAGCUAGACCAGUAUUGUUAACAAGAUAUGCACGAACAUAUAAUAAGGAUAAUUUGUUGUCCGCACAACCACGAUUGACCAUAAUAUGUCGGGCGUUUAUGCUCGUGAUAAUAAUUAGAUUUCAUAAAAUGAUCGCGUUUAUUUUUUCGUCGAAUGUGCGUCUUUUACACAAGUCGUGAAUUGAGAAUGGAUUGCAUAAGAAAGAACAAAAAAAAUAAUAACAUGUAACUUCUUCCUCGUAUGUAGUACUAUAAACUUAUUGAAUUAUCAUAAUUUUACGAAGUGCAAAUAAUAUAUCAUAUCGCUGUUGAAGUUCUUCCGGUUCCGGGGAUUUAUUUAUAAUAUAUAUAAUAUAUUGUAUAUAAUGCGUUCCGCGGCAAAGUUUGUAAAGAAAUAGAGAGGCGAGAGAAAGGAACAGCGAUGUUAAAGUUGUCUUGGAAUCGUUACAUGCUUACUGCAAUAAGCGAAUUGUUAGUGAAGAAAAAACGCUAAUUGAUUAUUCUCGGCAAAAUGUUUAUAUCCGCUAUUAAAGUGCUUCUCUAUAAAGGAAAAAAGAGGAAACCCGCAAUUUGACGCGAAAUUAUCUUUUCAAUGCCAUGUACAGUAUAAACGCUUCUCUAAUCACAAGAAUUUUAUACUGUAACAACAAAGGAAGGAAAAUGUCUUUCUAUUACCACGGCCAAAUCAUUUUGCCUUGAAUUCUGUGAGUGACGAAAAUGUCCAUUAUUAGUGAAUCUGCUAUUCGAAAAUCUUCGUUAUUUAAUAUCGAAUUAGCAGUAAUAAAACUUAUAGCAAUACGCGUUGUUAUCGAAGCGAAUGUCUAAAGUUUUACGAUUAAUGUGGCGAAUGAUAUUUAAUUCCAUGGCUGUGUAUAAACGGACUUUAAACCCCGAAGGAAUAAUUGUGGUCGACUAGUGGUACUAGUAGUCGGUAGCCGCGAGGUCUGUACAUUUAGCGAAUUAUUUAAAACAAAACAUUAUACCUCAUGUUUCAUACGGUUCCCGAAUGAAAAAUGAAAGAAAAAAUAAAUAUCAUCAACCGCUUUUUUAUACUUGAUCUACGCGAUCUAUGUUCUAUAAGUGUAAAGACAUAAUAAAUUGUCAUAGCUCAAACGA